AUGCUUAAGCGCCGGCUCUACGAAGAAUGGAAGAGGGGUGUAGGGAUAGGGGACCAGCCUGUCAGCCCCGAACUCAUGGAUACUAACCGUUCCUUUUGGGACACAGUAGUUUACGGGGCGGGCGAGACAUCUGAUUCGGUGUCCUCGGUGGGGGAGUACGCACUGGGGAUACCCGACAGGAAUCAGCUCUCGUGGGACCUCGAGCGCACACCUUCACUCGAAACUGACAGUGGGGCCUUUGCGCCCCAGGCCGGGAAGAAGCUCACACGACAGUGGAGGUGUGGAAAAACUGGAUUUUCUGGGAGAGGCGCCCACAUCGCCGCCCGAUGCCCCCACUGUUCCUGGGGUCGUCGCGAAUGUCGGCGCCGCCCCGGCCCCGCCCAUCACGAAGCCAGGGGCUUCAGCAGAGGCGGCAGAGAGGAACGCGGACCACCUCGCGGCGCAGGACGCACAGUAAAUCUUGUCUCCAUAAAAGAAAUUACACCCGACUGGGAAUGGACGCCGGGCAUGUACCACGACAAGCAAAGGGACUUAAUAUCUGACUUAACAUACUGCUGCGGGGAGAGGAGAUGGGAGGCACCCAUGACGAAGUUUAACAACAACCUCAAGAGGAACCUAACACCUGACAUAUGCCCACAUAAUUUAGAGUCCACGGGAUGGUUGAAGCUCGGUGGCCCUUUCAUAUAUAAAGAGUGGCGUCUGUUGACGUACUGGGAGACGUACAGUGGCUAUGUGGCGCCUGUGGAUAUGGACUCGUCACGAGAUAACUUAGACGACUGGCUCACUGUCACCAAACACAACGGCGAGAGAGUGGGCGAAGAGAAGUACAUUAAUGACAUCAUACAAGAAACAUGUAAAUUUAUGGCGGAAGAGCGGUCCCUGCCCGACAACCUACCCACAAUGAAAGAGUGGGUUGAGAGCGGCGUGUGGAUGCGUGGGAAGGCUGUCACGGGACGCAACACUAUGAUCAGAAUAGAGGGAAAAGAGAAAAGGACUAGGCGCUACAAAGGUGUAGACGCGGCAUUAAAGAGUGACAAAGAAAUUAUCAAUGAAUUACUGGAACCCAGAAAAGAGGAGAUGAAGAUAAUGCAAAAGAGCGAAGGUGGAAAGGUGAGGCCCGUGGUGGUGGGGGGCAAUGAACUGUAUCGUAAGAUGGACUUCCUGUCGGGCUUGGUCGAAGUAGGGUUGUAUGGGUCUAAAACCAGUACACUCUUCGCGGUCCCGGCGGCCAACGAAGCAAUAGAUAGGGAAUGGCUUGAUGAAGUCAGGAAUAGUAGUACGUUGAAGGUUCCUCUCGACUAA